GCCAAUAAUUUUGAAAUGUGUUUACAACACCACCAAGCACGUGUAAACGACACUAAAAAUCUAAAUAUCUUGAACGCGAAACAGUAAAUGAAGAUUAUUAACAACUAAAUAUGGCUUCAUAGAAUUUGAUCUUUCAUAAAAGAUAGUGAUUCCUGUUGAGUGACAUUAAAUCUCUUGAGUCCAUAUAUUGGGAAGAAGGGGCAUUAGAAUAGAACAGUCAUGUCAAAGGAUGACCGAAGUCUACAGAAGGCAAAGAAAGGGAAAUCGAGACAAAAAUCGAAAGAAAAAGAGACUAGGUGUGAGAAUAAAAAUGCACAGACUGAUCCAAGGGUAAACAUAACUGCAGAAUCUGAAGAAGUUGGUGAGAAAGUGGAAGACAGUGGGUCUGAAAAUGGUAAGGCUAAAAAAAUGAAGAAAUCAAAGAAAAGAAAGUCAUUAGAUGCUUUAGAUGUUACUGAAGCUGAUAAAGCUGAAAGUAAGGAAAUCGAUAAUACACAGACACCUGUCAAGAAAAAGAAAAAACGUCAGGUGAAUGAAAAGACGGACAAGGCUAGUGAUGAAUCUGGAGACAAUCCUGGUAAUGAUUCAGAGGUGAAAAAGAGUCCAAAAAGCAAGAAAAAGAAGAAAAAGAAAUUAAAGGAACAAGAUAAUGAACAGUCUACACCAGACCCCGAGCAGAAAGGAGACAAGUUGGCAUCAGAAUAUCUGAAACAGUGGUCAGAUGACAGAAAGAACUGGAAAUUCCAGAAAGUUAGACAAGUCUGGUUACUGAAACAUAUGUACAAACAAGAUCAGGUCACUGAUGACGACUUUGAGAUAUUGUUGCUGUAUCUGGAUGGUCUCAAGGGAAAAUCAAGGGAGGUCACUGUGAAACAGGCAGAAGACAUCAUGGAAAAGGACGAGGACAGUGAAGAGACAGAACAUAUGAAGACAGAGAGAGCAAGAAAGAUUGUGCAGCUUUUGUCUUGAUUUUUUUUUUAAGAUGUGUACUGUAAUAUGAAAAUAUGUUUUAUAUUUGAUGAAUAAAUAUUGGAACUUGAAGAAAAA